GAAGUCGAAAGCGCGUGCACGGCAUGGCAGGCGAGUUGUGAGAGUGUGUAAGAGAUCUAGGGGAUCAGAAUAGGAGUGUGUGUGAGUGUAGCUGUUAGGUUGUGAGAUUUAAGUGUAGCUUUAUUUUUUUUAAUGUUGUAUUGCAGGUAACAGGUUCCUACAUGAUGUUUGUAAGUAGAAGACUGCUGAAACUCGUGGUGGUGGUCGGAGUGCUGGUGUUAGGAGUACAGUAUUUACAGUACUGGUUAGCCAAUAAACAAUACGUGUUCAGUAAAGAGGAAGUCGCCAAGCUGGCCAAACAAUACGCAGGUCAGGAUCAUGAGCAGGCCUUCUCUAAAAUAGUGGUGGAGUUGAGGAAGCGCUACCCGGGCCACAUCCUGCCUGACGAGGACCUGCAGUGGGUGUUUGUGAAUGCAGGGGGUUGGAUGGGCUCCAUGUGUUUGCUCCACGCCUCGCUUACGGAGUACGUGCUGCUCUUCGGGACCGCCAUCGACACGAGCGGACACUCGGGACGAUAUUGGGCUGAGAUAUCAGACACCGUCAUUUCCGGGACUUUCAGGCAAUGGAAAGAAGGAUCGACUAAAAGUGAGACUUACUACCCAGGUGACACGAUCGUGCACUCGGUGGGCGAGGCGACCUCGGUGCAGUGGACUACAGGGACCUGGAUGGUGGAAUACGGCCGAGGGUUCAUUCCGUCCACGCUGAGUUUCGCUCUGGCAGACACGGUGUUCAGCACGCAGGACUUCGUAACGCUCUUCUACACCUUCCGAGUCUACAUGAAGUGUCUGCUCCUGGAGGCCAACACGUUCCUAACCGAAUCUGGCAUCUUCUAGAAGAGCACGGAGAUCUCCAGCGGCCGAUGUUCUACUUCAUUGCCAUCCAUUGGGGCAAGAGAACAGACAAUGUCAGUGGUCUUUUUUUUCAGGCAGGUUGAGGAGAAAAAGUGAGACGGUUCUCAUAAAAUAAAUAAAUGAUAGAUAGAACAAUAAAUGUGUCAUAACUGUUAGUCACUGAUCACUAAAUUGAUCAGUUUUAGGAAAAACAGAACUGUUCAUUAUAUUCAAUACCUCACUGGGCACUUUCGACUGUGAAGAUCUUCUCCAUGUUCCUGCAAGAGUUCCUCUCACUGGAAUGGUGUUUGAAUUGUUCAUUUCAAUCGUUUCUGUCCACAAUAAAACUCUACUGCUCUGCUCUGUCAUUUA